AUGAUUGGAAAUAUUAAUAGCAUAAAUCACAACAAAAAAAAAAAAUUACACUAGUAAACCCAUUUACUUCAUCACAAAUUCCUUAAUGGUGAAGGAGAUUAUGGAUUAAGCUAAACCCACAAAUACUUUCCUUUAGGUUCAAAGCAAGGGGUCAUUAACUACAUGAAAGAAGAGUACAAUACACAUAUUUUAGAUAUUGAGGAUGAAUAUAUUUCAAAGCUAAUUGAAAAAGACUAAGGCAAUGACUACUUUAUUAGCAUGGAUGGUAAUUAAAGAGAAAAGAUAAGCAAUGAGAGAAAAGAUACUGGUUAUAUCCCAUUAAGAUACUUUUAUGAAAUGAUGAAGCCAUUUGAAGCAAAAGUUUCUUAACUGCUUUAAUAGUUGUUUACCCACAGUGCUCUAAAUAAUGAAGAAUUUCAAGUAAUAAUCAACAACUUGUAAAUCCAUCCAGCAGCUCAAAAACAACAAAAAGAUAACUUUAUCUUUAGCUCUAAAUUUUAUAAAAGGCAAAUAAGAAUUUUCGAUGCAUUAAAGCAGAUGCUGAUUGAAUGUGAAAAAUUCUACGCCUCUUAUAAUGACGAUGCUUAGAAUCAAGCUAAGGGAAUCAAUUAUUUGGAAUCAAGAAAUAAAAUACUAGGCUUGCUUGACGAUACAAUUCCAUAUAUUAAUACUAUAUUUUAUGGCAUGUUAAAAGGAGUUAAGAAAAGUUAGAGCAAAAAUAAUAAAAAUUUAAUAAGUCUCCGCUAAUAAGACAUAUUUUAAGAAGAGUUUGCAAAGAGUAUGAACAAUAUAUCAAAUAUUUCAGAGUCUAUUAACCUUUUUUUAAGAAUGUGGAUGGGAAUUGUAAAUACAGAUCUUAGUUAAUAUAUUACAAUGUCUAAUGGAGUUUAUCUUGAUAUGGCUCUUAUGAAAGCAAAUAUUUAAGAAUUUAUAGAAAUUCGUAGUGUUGCCGCUAAUGAUUUUUAUAUUGUUAGCUCACUAAACGAUCCUGAAUCUUAGCUCUUUUGUAAGAUUUCAAAAUCUUGCCUUUUGCCAAUAUAAACUAUUAAUAGUAACAAUAAUAACUAGAAUUAUGAUGAAUAACUCAUAGCUUAAUAAAUGCAGAAUUAGGAUCAAUAAAAUAAUUAUUAAAAUUAAAGCAUAUUUGAUUAUUUGUAUUCAUACUAAAACUACUAAGGAAAUCCUUAUGAGACAUCAUCAGAACAAGAAAGCUAAAAACAAUUGAUGCACUAAAUGAUAAAAAAUUUUAUGUAAGAUGAGAACAUGGAAAUUGAGACAUCUUCUUUAUCAAGUGAAAAACUGUUUGAAAGCAUAAGGGAAAGCUUUAUUUAACUCUAUAAUUUAGAUGAAAACAGCGAAAUGUUUUAUUUUGAUGAAAAUUACGUUCAAGUGAACACAAUCAUGGAGUUUGAAAAGACUCGUUUAAUUAAGAUUGUCAUCAAUAAAAACCAACAUAAUCAAAAAUAUCUUUAAAAUACAGAUCUCAAUACAAAUUUGAUGAAUUUUAAUCCAUAAGACUUUUUCCAACAAUAAAGACCAUUCAUUAUUGGAAUCUCAGGAUCUACACGCUCUGGAAAAGGUACUUUGUGUAGCCAUUUAUAAAUUCUUUAUGGAGCUAAGUAUAUUUGUUAAGAUUCUUAUUUCAAUUAUCCCUUAAUAUAAUCAACUCUACAAGGAAAUGCUGAGUGUAAGGAAGCUAUUUUGUGGGAUCAAUUAUAAGCUGAUAUAUAAUAAGUAAUAUCAUAAAAUGAAUAUAAAGUACUUAUAUUAGAUGGCUUCUAGCUUUAUAAUCAUCCAAAUGUUUUAAAUAUGUGUGAUGUUAGAAUAUUCCUAGAUAUUCCUGAUGAAUAAAUUUACAUUAGAAGAAUGCUCACAAAACCCGUCAAAGAAUCCUACUUCUGGAAAUAUAUCAUGCAAGAAUAUAGUAAUUAUAGAUCAAAUUGCUUAAAAGACAAUGCAAUAAUGGUACUAUAAUCAGAUCAAGAUUAGUUCACUCUCUUCUUUUUAACUUUAUAACUUAUACAAAUGAAACUGAAUAUCCAAAUUAAUAGCUCAAGUACUGUUAUCUAAUGA